CUCCGAAGAGGAAGCGAGCCGCUGCGCCGCCCGUUCAGUCAGCUGGAAACGCCGGCGGCGGCCGAUCCGCGCCAGCUGCGCUCCGAGAGAGCCGGGCGAACGACGAGGAGCGAGUUCCCUGGCAGCGGAGAGGACAGUCGCGGCGGCGGAGCCCGCAGCCGCCUCGCACCUCCCAAAGCUACAGGUGCAUCGCCAGAAAAUCUCACAGAUCCCAACCAGGAAAAUGGGAAGAAACCAAAUAAAUCCCAGCAGUUGAAGAAAAUUUUUAAGGAAUACGGAGCUGUUGGAGUAACUUUCCAUAUUGGAAUUUCUUUGAUGUCUCUGGGGAUGUUUUAUCUGGUAGUGUCAAGCGGAGUGGACAUGACCACUGUUCUCUUCAAGCUGGGAUUUGAUGAAGCCCUUGUGCGAUCCAAGCUAGCUGCUGGAACAAGCACUUUUGUGUUGGCCUAUGCUAUUCAUAAACUGUUUGCUCCAGUCCGGAUCAGCAUCACUGUAAUCUCAGUGCCCUUUCUUGUUCGCUAUUUUCGGAAGAUAGGUUUUUUCAAGCCUCCAGCUCCAAACCCAUAAUGUUACUCUGUGGAACUAUAAAGAAAAGGAUGCUCCCUUGUUUCUUCAUAGAACCAUUUGGAAGCUAUUGCGCUCUGGCAGGCCUGCUUGGAACUCCCAAACCUCUCUCAGAAAGGCUGGGGAAUGUGCUUUCUCUGAAAUCAGUAACUAGUUUAAAAAGGUUAUUGUCUGUGUUGCUCAGAUACAUUGUUAGCUUGCUGAGGCAGAGGAAGAAUUAUUGAUUGGGUAUGCUGAUAAACAUGUCAGGUCAGACCACUGGGUCCUUUAACCCAGUACUAUCUGUAAGGAGCAGCAAGGCUUUUUAAGACAAUGGGCCUAUUCAGGAUUGUUCUAGAGUGCAGGACGGUGAAGGACAGGUAUAAAUCACAAGAAGGCAGGUUCAAGUUGAACAUUAGAAAUGCUUCCUAAGAGCAGUUUGACAGUGAAGCCAAUUUCUGAGAGAAGCCAUGAUUCCCUUGUUCUGGAUGCGUUCAAGCAGAUUUUGAUUCUUGAACUUAGUAAAGGUAUGAACGCUGUAGCUUAAAUAGCCCUUUCACUUUUCUGAUUCUAAGCCUUUACCCUUCUCUGCAAGCUCAUCUUUUAGAUAAGGUGAUUGAAUGUAGGAUGACUCUGUGUUAUACCACUAAACAUUAUGUUUCCUUUCAUGUACAAUGAUCUUGUAAAGAAAGGUCAAAGGCAUUUUAAACAACACUAGAUACGCAAAUAAGUGCAUGAAUAAGCACUAGAUUCUAAGGAGUCAUAUUUCUUGCAUUCCAAAAGAUAACUUUCUAGCAAUUAGUUUUUGGUUAACAUGAGCUAUUGGACACUUGCAUCUGUUGCCCAUAAUAGUUUGCAGGCGUGGGGGGAUUUCCUGCCAAAAAGGUGAAAUGGUUGAGUGAUUUAAUGAUAGUGGAUAAACGUAUUAGCAUACAUAAUGGGGUAGUUGGCCAAUUUGAGGAUGUGAAGGGAGGGGCAGUUAGAAGCUAGGAUUUACCAUUUUUCCUGAAUUCGGUGUGCUUUGAUGUGGAAGGUUUCUUUGGUUCUUUAAAUGGUAUUAUACCUAUUUACAGGUUUUAUAUAUUUCUGCCCUCCGUUUUUGACCAUCGUAGUCAGAAGAGGCUUCCAGGGGCUGCAAAAACAAAGGCUGGGGGACACAAAUUGCCCAUCUUGUGUUAUAGAAAGCAGCGUCGGGCAGAAACAAUGCCAGUGGUUGAUGUACAGCAGAGGGAAUACAGGAGAAAUUAUCUGCCAGGGAUGAGCUACAGAUAAUACAUGAUGAUAAGUACAAGAGUAGGUCUUGUAGAACUGUGAGAUACCUCCAGCUUCAUUUCCUUGCACUUUCAACUAUUUUAAUUUUUUAAACCCUGGACUGAAACAACACUGCAGCGAAUGCAGGAAAUGGAGAAUGAAUUGAUAACAAUAAAAAAGGGUAGCUUGCUAUUCCUUACUGGCACAGCAUGCUCAGGAUAGAUUCCAGUACCAUUAUUGCAUCAACUGGCUUGUAACUGAAACAUGUAAACAUCUUAGAAUCCCUACAGCUAGAAGCCAUUGAGGCCAUCGGACAUAACCCUCCAUUGAAUGUAGGUAUCUAAAGCAACCCUAGUCUAGCCCAGUGUUUCUCAACCUCAUCAACUUUAAUAUGUGUAGACUUCAAUUCCCAGCAUUCCCCAGCCAGCUGUGGAC